GAGAAACAGUAACAUCCUGUGGCUGCACCGACUCCAGAGGCGUGGAUUCCCAGCACCGCUGUCUUCUUAGGGGUAAACAGGCUCUUCGCCUUUAACUCCGCGGAAAUGUAACCGUCCAGCCUUCUGUUUUGUCGGGCGCGUUAAAAAAAAGAUGUGUCGCCUGGUCGCUUCUAAUAAUAGCCUAUGUAACACCGACGCCUUAUUGCAUUAUGGAUGCCCCAGGAAUGGUGUCCCUUCAAGAUAGCGUGGGAAUCUUCCAGCAGAGGCUGUGGCCGUGCGUCUGAAGCCUAAAUGCCCCAGCGUCGUCCCGGUUUGCGCGCCUACAGCUGCAAGAGCGUCUCGUUUACCGCAGGCUGCGACCGUGCGGCGUCCGCAUACUGGCUCCCCGCGUGCGGCAUGCGCUCAUUUCGCCCGCAGCCGAGCGCUUUCUUCGCUGCACGCCGGAUUUAAGUCCGCGGGAGCGCUAUGCGGGAGUAUAAGGUGGUGGUGCUGGGCAGCGGCGGGGUGGGGAAGUCCGCGCUGACGGUCCAGUUCGUCACCGGCACGUUCAUAGAGAAGUACGACCCGACCAUCGAGGAUUUCUACAGGAAGGAGAUCGAGGUGGACUCCUCGCCGUCGGUGCUGGAGAUCCUGGACACGGCCGGCACCGAGCAGUUCGCCUCCAUGCGGGACCUUUACAUCAGGAACGGCCAGGGCUUCAUUCUGGUCUACAGCCUGGUGAACCAACAAAGUUUUCAGGACAUCAAGCCCAUGAGAGACCAGAUCAUCAGGGUCAAACGGUACCAACAGGUGCCGGUGGUGCUGGUGGGCAACAAGGUGGACCUGGAGGACGAGAGGGAGGUUUCCCCCAGCGAGGGCCAGGCGCUGGCCGAGGACUGGGGCUGCCCCUUCAUGGAGACGUCGGCCAAGAGCAAGACCAUGGUGGACGAGCUCUUCGCCGAGAUCGUCAGGCAGAUGGACUUCUGCCCACUGCCGGACCGGAGGCAGACCUGUUGCCCCGCCUGCAGCAUACAGUAGCAGCUUCGGUCAGCAGGAGGGUGAUGGAUGGGGGGGGGGGGGGGGUUAGAAAUUAGAAUGCUAAUUAAUUCAUGUCCGAUAGAUCGUAGAUGGAGAGGUUCGAAGGGAAAUCUACUCCGGCUUUCACGUUUUUUUUUACCUGUCUUCUGUGUUUAGCAGUUCAGGUUGGUGCUCGAGUUGAGAGGCAUUCUGGGGGGAAAUCAUAUAGCAGACGUAGACAAAGCAUGAGAAGGGAAGGCAUAGUUAAUGAUCUCUUCGAAGACACAGGCUGAAUCAUAGCUUCAGAGAUAAUAGCAAACAACACAUGACCUCUGACGUCCAUCACCAUGUUCCUGAUGUACGAGAUCGAGUCGUGGGGGGUCUCCCGAAGGCAGCACGGUGCCAAAACCAACCUUAAAGCCAUCGACGGAGAGGAUCGCAGUGCUAAAUGCUUCUGGCAAAGCAGCCAUAGGUCCAGCAGAGAUGGCAGUGUGCUCAACGGUUUUACUGCUCCUGUUUUCUUCUGCUUGUGUGUGUCUCUUUUGCACUUUUGGAACUUUUUUGACAGUGCAAGAACAAUCGCCCAGCGUGUGAAGGGAUGUCGAGCAGCACCAGUAUCAGGGUGCGACGAACUGGGAGCAGGCCUGUCUGACUAUGAAUGAAUUAACACGUAAACGAAUGUCUAAAGGAGGGAAAUGUAUGGAUAGGAGCCCAAAUGUUGGCGUACUGUGGCUGAUGUGUGCAUGAAGUACUGUCACACUGACUGAGUACAAUCAAUCACGCCCAAAGAGACAGCAUCAAUCAAUCAGCUGAUCGGCCAGUCAGUCAGUCGUUAAACUGUGCGAGCACUUGUCUUACACCCCACAGACGAUGCAAAUGCCUUGUUACAUUUGAUGAGACGAGCAUUGGUGUCAAUGUGUAGUUCAUUUAUCUUAAAUCACGUCUGAUAUCUUAGUGGUUCAAUGUCAGAAACACUUAUUUUCAACCAAAAUAAACCUUUAUGCACAAACA